CUGCCAACGCGAGCGGUACAAUUAAGACGAGAUGCAUUCUCUAACAAGCAAAUUGCUGUUGUUGUUUGCGGUAUUCACUUGGAGAGCUGAUGUGUUGGUCGUGCAAUGUUUGGAUCUGCAGACAGAACUGGAGCGGUUAAAAGCAAUAGCACAGGCCCUCUUAGCUGCCUCGAUGUCCCAAUCCGAGGCCGGAGCCUCGACCCCAUCCGAGAACGUGACCACACCGGGACCGGGGCUCAUGCAAACCAUGAACAUUUGCGAUGGCCACCAGGAGACGCUCAGGUGUGACGAAGGGUUUGCCAUUAAGAUUAAUGACGCAUUUUACGGAAGGGAUGACGAGGCCUGCGUACCAUCUAACUCCAGUAAUCUGGAAAACUGCGGCGCCCCUGGUGUUGCCAGUGCUUUAAUUGGGAAAUAUUGCCAAAAUUCUGGGAACGAAUGCACCAUUGCAGCUUUACCCAGUGCCGUCACCAAUCUGACCGCGGGUGAUUUCGGGAACUGCACUAUGGGGGAUCCCCUGUACCUGCGAGUGAAUUAUACCUGUGAACCCGUCCCUACUGGUAACCCAGGUAUCCCGUCAUGCACCACAGAGCACGAGGGUUACAUUCCAAACGGUAUCUUGCUGAAGGACGGGGUGCAGAUGGAGGAAUGUAAGCAGCAGUGUGAUUCGAUAGCGAGCUGCAUGGCCGUCAGUUAUUUCACCAAUGGCGGCGUCUGUAACAUGCACACCGCGGACACCGCCUGUGGCAGCCUCGUGAUGAGUGCCGGUGCCCUUCAUUAUAAAAGAAUUAUAUGCGGUGACUCUAUCCCUAGUUCCUUCGAGUCAGCCCUCAUAGGUGCGCGUUCCUACGGCGGGAUUAAGGUAGCCAACCAGACGUGCCCGGAGCCCUGUCUGCGGGCCUGUGAGGCUAUCCCAGAGUGUCGGGCGGUCGGCUUCGACUUAAACACUCGAGAAUGUCAUAUGUAUACGAGCCCAAUGGAAGCUUGCGGGACCACGUAUGUUGCCUCUCACUGGGCGUUCUACAAGGGGAGGAACUGCCCCCGUGUAGCUGGCACCCCACCUGGUUGUACACCUGCACAGCCCUAGCCUUAAGUCCGGAGGGCUGGGCGCCAUGAUGGAAUACAGAGACUAAGGAAAGACCCCGAGGUGGGCGAUGUUGGUAGCUUGAUUGCCUGUGUUUUAGUUUUCUGUCCGUCAUCUCCGUGUA